AUGGCAGAUAGAGUUUUUAAGAAUUACUGCAGUAUUAAGAGGCAACAUACAAAAAUGAAAAUAGAUCUUAAAAGACUUCAAGAUUUCCAUCAUCGCAGCCAUGAAUUAUUAACCGGCAGAUUGCGUCAAGACCAAUUGAAGGCUAUAUGUGCAAAAACUACAAAAGGAAGAAAGUGGAGCACUCCAACUAUUACUGACGGACUAAUAUACAAAAUGAAAUGGGGCACGCAAGGCUACUCAGAUUUCGUCAGAAAGUUUCCAAUUUUUCCUUCAGUCAGAAAACUUCAGCAAGCUGUUGAACACAUGAAGUUUGAGUCAGGCAUUCUGGAAGAAGUAUUUGAUGUAGUUAAGUGUCAAGUUCCAUAUAUGGCACUUUGUGAGAAGCAUUGCAUGGUAGUAUUCGAUGAAAUGGCUAUUAAGCCCGGUGAAAUGUAUGACUCUUCCAGUAAAAGGAUCAUUGGCUUAUGUACGUUUCCUGGGCACACUGGCCUGGCAAAGAAAGCAUUAAUCAUUGCAUUAGCAGGAAUCACCACUCGGUGGAAGUAUGCCGUGGCAUAUUAUUUCACAAACAAGAUUGAUUCCGAAUCAAAUCAAACAGACUGUAAUGUUACAGGAAAUGCAUUAAAAGACAUCAUCAGUAAGGUUAUUGUAAGAGCUGAGAAUAUUGGCCUGAAAGUUGCCUCUGUGACUUCAGACAUGGGGCCUGACAAUCUAUCUUUGUGGAGGGCUUGGAAUGUUGGACGCUAUGAAAACGGUAAAGUGAGAUGCACCGUCCCUCACCCAGCACGACCACAAGACAAAUUAUGCAUCAUGCCUGAUCCUGUGCAUUUAUUCAAAAACAUCCGUUCCAUGUUGGAGAGUCAGAAAGUGAUUUGUUUGCCUUAA